AUGUCAAUCAGAUCAAUAAUGAUGUCUUCUAGUCCAUCAAACACAGCUCCUUCUACCGAUGGCCGAGGAGCCAUAGGGACCUCUGAUGUUCACGCGGCGGAAACUCCAACUGUGACUAUUGCUUCCCCUGCUGCCACAGUCGUUGGGAAAUCCAAUGGUACAAUUGAUACUUUCAAUGGCAUCCCUUUUGCGCAUCCCCCUACCGAUACUGACCGUUUUAAACCUCCGCGGCCAAUUGAGACAUCUCUAGGACUAAUUAUGGCGACGAAUGCGCCCACAUCAUGCCCCAACUUCAUCGCAAAUAUUAAGGGUGGUUUCCCGGCGGACAUCCUGGGCAUUAUCGUAAACAACCCCCUCAUACAGAAUGUCACCAACAUGGGAGAGGAUUGUCUUACUAUCAAUGUUAUUCGCCCAGCCGGUAUUGAUAUAUCAGCCAAACUGCCGGUGGUAUUCUGGAUUUAUGGAGGAGCCUUCGAACUGGGAUCCAAUGGGAUGUACAAUGGCACUGAUAUCGUGCAGUACUCAACUGAUUCCGAGAAACCGGUCGUUUUCGUUGCAGCAAACUAUCGUGUCGCAGGUUUUGGCUUCCUGGGUGGCGAGGAAAUCCUCGCCGAUGGGGCAUCUAAUGUUGGGUUGCUUGACCAAAGGCUCGCACUGCAGUGGGUUGCAGAUAAUAUUGAAAGAUUUGGAGGAGACCCCUCUAAAGUAACCAUUUUUGGGGAGUCUGCAGGCUCAAUGUCGGUAUUAGAUCAAAUGGUCUUAUAUGAUGGAGACAACAUCUACAAUGGGAAACCUUUGUUCCGGGGUGCAAUCAUGGAUUCUGGCUCAAUAUAUCCCACUCUUCCAGUGGACAGUGAACCCGCUCAAGAAAUUUACGAUGCUGUGGUCGCUAGUGCUGGUUGUUCCUCAGCCGUAAAUACUUUAAGUUGUCUCCGCUCUCUUGAUUACUCUACAAUGCUGAAUGCUCUAUGCUCAGUGCCGAGCUUCCUCAGUUACUAUGAUAUUGCACUCUCAUAUCUGCCUCGCCAGGAUGGUAAAAUACUCACCGAUGCUACCGAUAACUUGGUGAGACAAGGAAAAAUCACCAAGGUCCCUUUCAUCGUCGGAGAUCAACAAGACGAAGGUACCCUUUUUGCUAUAUUUACAUCAAAUAUUAGCAAUACUGAUGACGUUAUCGACUAUUUUACAAGUAUUUAUUACCGCAAUGCUACAUCAGAAAUAGUGUCCGGUCUAGUUGGUCUUUAUCCAGACAAUCCUUCUGCCGGCGCCCCAUAUAACACUGGAAUCUGGAACAACUGGUAUCCGGAAUUUAAGAGGAUGGCUGCAAUAAUUGGUGAUAUACUCUUCAUCCAUCAACGCCGACUGUUUCUGCAGGAAACUUCUCGACUCAAUCCUGAUGUCCCAUCAUGGUCCUUCCUAUCUUCUUAUGAUGAAAACACUCCCAUAGUCGGGACAACUCACGGCACCGACGUGUUGAAAUUGUUUUUCCAGUCUCCUUUAGAUGAAAGCGCAAAGACCAUUUUGGAUUACUAUCUUUCCUUUGUCUACAAUCUAGAUCCAAACGUCGGAAGUAACCGACCAAACUGGCCGCAGUGGAGCACGAGUGGUAACAUGCUCACCUUCUUACCAUCUGGGACUGGUAUUCUAGCAGAUGAUUUCCGCUCUGAGAGCUAUGAAUACCUUGUUAAAAAUGCGGAUUCUCUACGUGUUUGA